AUGAGUACCAGUUUACGCCGUCGACCUUCGCUUUUUCCGAAGCCACGGAAGGUUCGAAAGAGAAAUAAUUACUACGAGAUGAGUUGGAACGUCCUUGGUGAGAGUUUUACGAAGCUUUUGGAACACUUGGAAACGAAUCAGAAACGGUCCCAGGCGAUGAUUGAUACUUGGUUGGCCGUGGCACAGACACAACAGGCGUAUUCAGUACGAUUACAAGGUGUUGCAGAGCAGCAUGAAAAGAAAUACUUUGGGUCAAUAAAGGAAAGCGAAGCCGAAGCGAACGCAAAUCUCCAGCCCCACAAAAGUUUUAACAGCAUUUUCGCCAUUCUAAAAUCUGAAAGUACCGCGGCAAAGAACUCGUUUGAAAUGAUGAAUUCCGCGAUUGGAGCGCUGAAAGGGAAACAAGCCAUGAACGCGGAUGAUAUUCGGAAAUUGAAAGUUGGUUAUGAAGACAAAACGAGCGAUUUGAAGCUGAAAUUGAAAGAAGCGAGAAAACUGGAGAAAAAUUUAGAUGAAGCAGUUGCGGAGAAGAAAAGAAUAACUGACCUUCAGAAUGCGAAAAAGAAAAGCUCAUUCUUCAAAAGCUCGACCCACGAUCGCCAAAAAGCUCGAGCUAAAGAACUCAUCUGCCGUGAAGAAUACACCAAGCAAGUGUACAUUUACAACGACAACAGGAAACACAUCUUCGGCGAUUUUCUACCGAAGCUUUGCGAAAAGGCCGAGGAAGUGUAUAGGAAACAGAUAAUUGCGAUCGAAGAAUGCAGGUGUGCUACAAAUCAGACUUUUCAAUUCACAAGUAUGGAAAAAACGCCUGCGGCAGAUGCCGAAGAAGAUUUACAAAGAAUCUUUCGGACCUUCUCCUCUGUCGCUUCCAAUUCUGAUUUUCCGGAGCUAGAAUUGCCUGCUGAAACGAAUAGCUCAGGAAGUAAAUCAGAAGUCCCCGAUUCUGGAUUUGGCUCUGGGGAACAAAACGGAACUGCAAUACCCGGAAGAAGAAUGACUCUUGGAGAUGAAACUUAUGCUGAACCGAAGAAGAUUUCCUCGAGCUCAUUAGAUUUCGGUCUUUCUACGUACGAACUAAUCGACACUUCUCCUCGUCCAUCAUUUUUGACGCGAGGAAAUUCCGUAAAACUCACGGCUUCUCAACCACCUCCCCCGCCUCCUCCAAAUCGAUGUUUGCGAAAAUUUGUAGCGUUGUAUAACUAUAAUGGCCAGGACGCGGAAGGCUUUGAAGUUGACAACGCCCUAGCAAUACACGAAAACGAUAAACUGACAGAAGAGCCUAGCGAUGGAACGGACGAUGGUUGGAUGAUGGUGAGAGAUGAACACAAUGAUGUUGGGAUGGUACCUUUAUCUUAUCUGAGAGAGGUCUUUGAUCCUUGUACAGUAUAA